GCACUCUCCAGUUUCCACGCCGAGCAGCGGCUAGACUGGGCAACGGCAACGCCGCCGCCGCCGGGUGCCUCUCUGAGACUCUGACGGAUCCUCCACCCACCGCUGUUCAGCCCACCGUUUCCUCCGCGGCGCCGCUCCUCUCACGCUCUCGCGAAGUGGAACCAUCCGUCUGAACUUGGAGGAUCGAUUCCUUCUUUUAUUGCCAGAGCCGAUCAUGAAUACUACUCAGAAAGUUGAUCCAGUGGAACCAUCUGCUAAGGUUUUCAAACAAGCCUCACAGUUCAAAAGAUGGGGGCGAAAACAUCCAUUUGUUCGUUAUGGGUUACCACUCAUUUCCUUGACAGUGUUUGGUGCAGUUGGGCUGGCGCAUCUUAUACAGGGCAGCAAAGAAGUGACAAAGGAAAAGGAGGACAUUGAAUGGGAGGUUGUAGAAACAACAAAAGCUCUAAGCCGGACAGGGCCAGUGGAAGGGGCCUAUAAGCCCAAGAAGCUCUCUCUAGAGGAUGAACUGAAGGCUUUGCAGCAAAAGGUUGACAUCAACAGCUACGACUACAAGCCGAUCCCAAGACCCACUGAAAAAUAAGUAUAGCAGAGCAUCAUUUACCAAUAUCAGGAGUGGAAGUUUUCUUGGUAGUUUCAUGUUCUUGUUGUUCAUAAGUUCUGUAUGAUUGUAUGAUGUUGACCAAACUUUGAAAUUAGAAGAGAAAUGCUCCAGCAUUAUCAUAAGAACUUUGUGAUCCGUUAGCCACCUGUUGUAGAGAAUUACUGCAAGGAUCCUUGAACUGUAGGAAUCAGUGUUUGUAGCAACAGCCAUUAGUCCAUUACUCCAUGGCAUGUCUGUAUUGUGAAUCAGUGUUUGUCUUCAAAGAUUUUUGAGAUGCUAGGAUACUGACACGAGUGAAUAAAUUGUGAACACAAAUAUAACUCUUGACGAGUUUUUUUUGUAUGA